AUGUCGCUACCAGAUUAUGUCAUAAAAAGCUUGCUCCAGGACGUGGAGGCCAGUAACAAAACCAGAGAGGAGUUCAGCCUCCAACAAUUGGUAGAGGAGAAGCCUUCAACGUACGGAGAGAAGGGAUCUGAUCUGCGUCGAGGCCUACAGAGAAGGUUCUAUUACUACAAAAGACGUUGUACACCACAGCAAUACUUGAAAGUGUUGGACGACAAGGGUGUGGUACCUGGUGAGGGAGUGAGACGUGAACUACGCGCCAUCAUCGACGCUGCUAACAACCCCAACGCGGACGCUGCUGCGGAAGAAGUGGAAGAGGAAGAGAACCAGGAAGAGAACCAGGAAGAGAACCAGGAAGAGAACCAGGAAGAGAACCAGGAAGAGAACGAGGAAGAGAACGACAACAACAACGACAACGACAAAGACAAAUACAAGGACCAGGACGACGACGACGAAUACAAGGACGACACCGGCAAAUACAAGGACGACACCGGCAGUAUCUCCGCCAAGAGCAUCAAGACCAAGGCCUUCACAAAAAGCCAGCCUCCUGUUGCGGCUGUCUUUGUUAGAACAACAACACCAAGUCCCAAACCAACUCAACGAACUACCAAACCAAAAAUGACUGAGGCUAUUGCAAAUGGUUUGGGUAACCUGUCCAUCCAUACUGGAGAUGAGGCUGCUCUUGAAAGGCGCAUUGCAGCGUUGGCAAGUCCAACAGGAUCAAUGAGGCAGGAUGGUACGAAAGAUGCCCCAUACGUCAGCAUUGUGGACCCUGCUCGUCCAGAACGUCACUAUGGCUUUGAAAUAUCCUACCUGUCUCACAUGGUGUGGAAGAAUUACCAGGGCAGUGCUUAUGAAAUUCGAAAGGAAACAACCCUAGGAGAUGCAGCAGAUCGCUGGUCAGCCUCCAUGCAUUUUGAAGAGGGUCACCCCUUGCAUGGGCAAUGUGUUCAGGUGAAGGGCCCAUCCCAAAACAGGUUCCACAGAGCUGAAGUCUAUCAUGAUGAAGAUGAUGACUCUGUUGACAAGCAGACAAAGAUAGUCCACGAAUCAACUGAGACAGCUAUCGCAAAAGAUUCUGAACGGGAAUAUUCUUAUUGGUUGUUUGUGUUCCCUCCUGGACAACCCCUGGAAAACUAUAUUUUCUCGCAAAAUCCUGUUGAUCUCGUAAAGAAGAUCAAGCCCAUCUGUGAUGUAGCAACUAUCGAGGAUGAGGAUGGCAAGCCAGAAGAGGUUGAUGUCUUGGGAAUGCUAAUCAUUUAUUCCCAGAUGCCAAUGGAGAAACCUGAAGGUAGUCCUCGGCGAAGGCAGAGGUCUUGUCUGGUGGAGGAUUUGCGGCUGGUGGAUGAGCAGAAGAAGUGGCACUAA